AUGCAGAAGCGCGCGCUAGCUCAGGCUCGUGAAGCAGAACUCAAGGCGAAAGAAGCAGAGGCAAAAGCAGUAGCGAACAUGAAGCUCAAGGAGGAAGCAGCAAGGGCAAAAAGUCUCUUCCUGGCCAAUGUUUCUCACGAGUUGAGAACGCCUUUGAAUGGUGUGAUCGGAAUGUCGGAACUUCUCAAAGCAUCACCUCUGAAUGGUGAGCAGACAGGGUACGCAGACUCAAUCCGUGUCUGUGCAGACACGCUGCUUUCGAUCAUCAAUGACCUGCUCGAUUAUUCCAAGCUUGAGGCUGGCAAGAUGAACGUAAUGGAAAUGCCAAUCUCUCUCAACGAAACCAUUGCUGAGGUUGUUCGCGCUCUUGCAUACACCAAUGCGGAGAGGGGCCUCAAGACCAUCGAACAAUUGGAGCUGAACCCCGAGAUGCUCGUCAUGGCCGAUCCCGUCCGACUCCAUCAGAUCCUCAUGAACCUUCUUUCGAAUAGUUACAAGUUUACGCCGCGGGGAUCCGUUACUGUCCGUGCUGUUGUGGACCGAGAAGGGGAUGACUGGGUGGAUGUUACAUGCAGUGUCAUCGACACUGGCAUUGGCAUUCCGGACGAACAGAAGCAGAAACUGUUCCUUCCCUUCUCGCAAAUAGAAUCCAGUUCCACCAGGAGCUACGGCGGUACGGGCCUCGGCCUCAGUAUCUGCAAAGCUCUUAUCGAGAACGUUAUGCAUGGAACAGUGCGCCUUGAGAGUCAGCCAGGCCAGGGCACGACAGUAACCUUCUCCCUUCGCUUCAAAAAGGUACCCAAAGCGCAGGCAGGGGCUCAACAGCAGAGGACACGAGAGCCAGACCCCAUGGCCAGGUUUUCAAGCCAAGAUAACAAUGGCCACGAGCAAUCAUCUGGCGUCACAUGCAUUGAUCUUUCCACCGUCGCCAGACGGGACUUGCGUGUUUGUAUCGCAGAAGACAACUUGAUCAACCAGCGCAUCGCCAUCAGCUUUGUGCAAAAGCUCGGCUUCAAGUGCGAUGCUUAUCUUGACGGUUUCAAGACCAUAGACGCGCUAGAGCGCGCUUCCGAGAAUGGCAGGCCGUUUCACCUAGUUCUUAUGGACGUGCAAAUGCCGAACUGCGAUGGUUACGAAGGUAUGUCUCGCAGUGCUCAAGAGGGCGAGUAG